UUCGCUUUUUCAAGGCUCAAAUUCCCAAACAAGAGGCUGACAGCUGAAUGCUGACUGGCGCGACGCACGACGAAGCUCGUUCCGGUCAUACCGAUUUCACGUCAGAUGCUUUUCACCGCUGAGAGGACGAGAGUGGGCACUGCUCUUGAUUGGCAGCCGCGAGCUGCUCAUGGGUGACUGGAUUUGAACGUGCGCAUGAAAGGAAGCCAAAGGACGUGCGCAGCUCGAGCUCUGUGUAGUGGUGUAGAGCAGACCCUGCGUAUCUUGUUCAUUGUGUUGUAUUUCCUCCACAAUAAACGUAUUUGCAGGUCUACGUUAGAUUCUGACUGAUACCCAAGUUUGGCCUGAUUGAGAUCGAAAAUACGAUGUAUAAUUAACUGGAAUGCCAUGGGUACUCUUUGAACCCUAAAAGAAAUCGAAGAGCCAUGUAGACCAUGAAGGGUCAUCCGCGAUGAAAGCAACGGAGUCACAAGCCUGUCUGGCUGAAGGGGAAAAACAGGAGAAAUUGAUGUGAAAUUCAUCGGCUUUGACAGGAACAGCACAAUCAGCUCAGCGGAGCGCAUAAUUUAGGGGUGAUUCAGCCACCCAUCACCCGUCUAUCCGGUCAACUAUUGCAGGAUCCGACGAAUGAGCGACAAAGAGAUUUCCAGACGAAUGCUUUGCUGGGGAUGGGGUCCUAUUGAUUGCGCUUUGACAAGCAGCAGAGUGUGUGCAGGGAGUCUGAAUUUCAGUGGGCUUUCAGGGUGAUGCAGAUGCCCCCAGAUUACUGUGCAAAAGGUACAUGAACAGGAUUGUCUGGAAGACAGUUAGUCGACUACGGCCGCCAUGCACCCGAUUUCGAUAUCCGCGCUGCUGGCCAUUCUACUCGAUGCAGCCUCAGGUUUAAAAGGACCCCACUCCUCUCGAUGUGAUGGACGCUCCUGCAACCCACCAAUUGGUAAUCUUGCUAUGGGCAGAGUUGUGUCCACGCUGAGCACCUGUGGACAAAAUGGCACAGAGCUCUACUGUUCCUUCCCAGAUCCGCUUCAGGAGUAUUCACUUAGCGAGGACUGCCAAAGGCCCAUAUGUGCCAAGUGUAAUAGCCGACACCCUGACCUUUCACACUUGCCCUUCCACAUGACAGACAAUGCCUUCCUGCAUCCGAGGACAUGGUGGCAGUCCAGCCAGGGCCUCUCCAGGGAGGAGAUCAGGCUAGACCUGGAGACUGACUUCUACCUGACGCAUGUCAUUGUACUCUUCAAGUCCCCACGGCCUGCAGCCAUGCUGCUGGAGAGAUCUCAGGACUACGGCCGGACAUGGAGACCCUAUAAGUAUUACGCCACAAACUGUACUGAGACCUUUGGAAUGCCAGAUGACCUUACUGAAGAAGGAGCCCUGUGUACAUCUCGUUACUCAAAUGCAGCGCCAUGCACCAAGGGAGAGGUGAUCUUCCGAGCCUUGUCUUUCGGCAGCAGAAUGGACGACCCCUAUAGUGCCCACGUUCAGGACCAACUGAAGCUAACCAGCCUGAGGAUCCAGCUGUUGAAGCAGCAAGAGUGUUCCUGCCAAAGUGGGGCUGAAAACACAGAAAAACCUCAGCGCUUUGCUCACUACGCCAUUUACGAUCUAAUUGUGCGAGGCAGCUGCUACUGUAAUGGGCAUGCGGAACAGUGCCAGCCAAUCCCCGGUGCCAGUUCAACAGGGAAGAGGGUCACUGACAUGGUUCAUGGCAAGUGUAUCUGUCAGCACAACACAGCCGGAGACCACUGUGAAAAGUGUGCCCCGUUAUACAAUGACCUUCCCUGGAGACCAGGCAAUGGAAAAACGGGUGCGACCAACGAGUGCAGAAAGUGCCAAUGCCAUGGUCACGCUGACAGCUGCCACUUUGACCCCACCACUUGGCAAGCCUCAGGGAAACGCACGGGAGGAGUCUGUGAUGGCUGUAAACACAACACUGAUGGGAAGCGAUGCCAACGAUGUCGAGCUGGGCACUACCGGGACCAGGCCCAGCCUCUGUCCUCUCCCAGCAUCUGCAAGCCCUGUUCCUGCCACCCGGUGGGCUCCAUCAACAGCUCUUCCUCCAAGAGAAGCAGAUGCCACCCUAAGAGUGGGUUCUGUUACUGCAAGCCAGGAGUAGCUGGUCCACACUGUACCCAGUGCAUGAUGGGAUACUGGGGGUUUGGUGAAGCUGGCUGCAAGCCAUGCGAAUGUGCCCGUGACUGUGACCAUCACACUGGAGAAUGCCUGGACAGUUUUGACCAGAAGCCUUCGGACAACAUUCCUUUUAGGGAUAAAAUCCCUAACCUUAAUCAUUUAGUGACCAAUGACAGCAUUGAGGAAUACACAUGGGAAGAUGAGCAAGGAUUCUCAGCCUUAAGACAUCCAGAAAAAUGCAUCUGCAAGGAAAAGAGCCUUGGAGGGGUUUCAGAUUUUUGCAAGAUGAAAUUUGCUUACGUUAUCAAGGCCCGAGUGCUCUCCGCUCAUGACAAAGGCACACAUGCAGAGGUCAUGGUAAUGAUCAAGAAGAUCCUCAAGUCAGGCAAGCUGAAGAUACUGCGAGGUGACAGACGCCUUUACCCUGAAGCUUGGACUAACCGAGGAUGCACCUGUCCAGUCUUAAACCCAGGUACAGAUUACCUCAUUGCUGGACAUGAAGAGUCCAGAACAGGCAAGCUCCUUGUGAACAUGUCCAGCCUGGUGAAACCCUGGAAGCCUGCUCUAGGAAAGCUGAUUACAGACAUCCUUGUGUCUGGGUGUGAGAGAAUAUCUUGAGACAAGCUUCUGUACAGUGACAGGACAAUUUCAUUAUUCUUCUGCACUGACAUGUACCCUACUUGCCCAGUAGGGCACCUGCAGUUGUUCCACUGCUGCCCGCUUUUCCUUAUUUUGACUUAUUCCACUUCAUAGGAAGGGCAAAGGUAUUCCGACUUAUCUGGUUUCAUUUUCCCUUCACCAUUGAACAUCACAAAAAUGAUGCUACUUGGACACCACUGGCAGAAGGAAGAGAGGCUGCUUUUGAUAAGGGAAGGACUAUGUAGGCAUUUCUAAAGUUUUCCAUCCAUUCAGCCUGGUUAAGCAACUUCUAGAAUAGCAGGAUUCCAGCAGCUUUUGUGUUUUUCAGCUGGAAGGAAGCAAGAUUCUUGAAAAGGCUGUGGUCUAUGAGAACAGCAGCUUCCACUGAGAAGUAUUGUAAAGAAAAAUAAACAGUAUUCAACGUGCAAAAAAAACAAAAAAAAACAAAAUCAAACUACAACAAAAUACUAUCCUGUAUGCAUCUAGAGGAUCUAAGAUAAUGCUAGAAAAAUGAUACAGUUUAUUGUAAUAUUCAUUUCAUCCACAUGUUUUGUGCUGCACUUGAAACAAAACCAUUCUUACACAUUAAUAUGGAACUGAGACAGACAGGUGUAGAAGAUGUUUUUGUAUAGUGUACUAUAAUAAUGAAGCAUAAAGGAUUUUUUUCAUUUUUAAUAUAUUAAACUUACUCCUAUUUACUA